AUGAACAACACCACAUAUGGUGCAGAUAUAGCUAGAGAGGCUGCAAUCUACGUGCACGUAAUGGAAAUUUUAUUUGGUAUCAUUGGUACAAUUGGCAACACUGUUGUGCUGAUAGUGAUAUUGAAUACGAAGAAACUACGCACCAUGACCAAUUACUUGAUUUUGAAUCUGGCCGUGGCAGACCUCCUUGUAUCAAUUCUACUCGUUGCUAACCACUACCCCAUCAACGCAUACACUUUAACGGUUCCAGCUGGUGAGGCCGGUGAGGCGUUUUGUCGGUUCUAUUACAGCGCAGUCUUGUUUUGGAUUACCAUCAAAGCUUCCACAUUCAAUCUCAUUCUUGUCACAUUUGAGCGAUAUUUUGCAAUUAUUUAUCCGCUGUCAUAUCACAUAUUUUACACUAGAAAUAACGUGACAGUAAUGGUAGUAAUAUCCUGGUCGUUGGCGUUUCUACUUGAAAUGGUAUUUGUAGUAUUUCAUCGCUAUAAUGAUGGCAAAUGUCACUUGUUUGUUUAUCCUAGCUCGUCUGUGGGUGUUGGACUCGGCAUCUUCAAUUUUCUUAUUAGUUACUUCAUUCCAAUAAUCGUCAUGGUAUGGGCAUACGGGCGUAUACUUGUCAACCUACGAAAGAGAGCCAGUGAUAUCGCCGCCGGGUCGAGUGAUAUUAAUCGGGCACGAACCCUUCUACAAGCACGGACACGGGUGAUUCGCAUGCUACUCAUGGUAUUGCUUGCUUACGCGAUCUGUUGGACACCAGAUAGUUUCCUAUUUCUCGCUCAUAACACUGGUGCCCCUAUCAGUUACACGGCCGACUAUUUCAAAGUUGUUGUACUGCUAGCCUUUGCCAACUCGUGCCUGAACCCGUUUAUAUACGUUUUCAAAUACAAACAAUUCCGAAAGGUCUUUUUCAAAUGUUUCUGUUGCUGUGUUGCAAGGUUUCAAAAUAAAGUUGAAGAUGCGUCCAUUGCAGAACCACUCUCCGCGGUUGUCAAUACUAAGGCACUCAUACGAGCUUUGUAA